CCGCUCAAGAUGAACAUGGUGAAAAGGAUCAUGGGGCGGCCGCGGCAGGAGGAGUGCAGCCCCCAGGACAACGCGCUCGGCCUGAUGCACCUGCGGCGCCUCUUCUCGGAGCUGUGCCACCCUCCCCGUCACAUGACCCAGAAGGAGCAGGAGGAGAAGCUCUACAUGAUGCUUCCUGUAUUUAACAGGGUGUUUGGAAAUGCUCCACCCAGCAGCAUGACGGAAAAGUUCUCCGACCUGCUGCAGUUCACCACCCAGGUGUCACGGCUCAUGGUGACGGAGAUCAGACGACGAGCCUCGAACAAAUCCACAGAGGCAGCCAGUCGAGCUAUAGUGCAGUUCCUGGAGGUGAACCAGAGCGAGGAAGCGAGUCGUGGUUGGAUGCUCCUGACCACCAUCAACCUGUUGGCCUCUUCUGGACAGAAGACCGUGGACUGCAUGACGACCAUGUCCGUUCCCUCCACGCUGGUCAAAUGCCUCUACUUGUUCUUUGACCUGCCCAACAUGACCGAAGCCCCCGUGGUCCCCCCUGCACACCCGGCGCCGCCUCCACCUAACCAGGAGAAGGCUCCAGGCCAGGGCCACACUCAGCCGGAGCUGCCCCUGGCUGACCGCCGGGCUCUGCUCCAAAAAGUCUUUGUCCAGAUCCUGGUGAAGCUGUGCACCUUCGUCUCUCCAGCAGAGGAGCUGGCCCAAAAAGAUGACCUGCAGCUGCUGUUUAGUGCCAUAACUUCCUGGUGCCCCCCUCACAACCUGCCCUGGAGGAGGAGCGCAGGAGAGGUGCUCACCACCAUCUCCAGACACGGCCUCAGCGUCAACGUGGUCAAAUACAUACACGAGAAGGAAUGUUUGUCCACAUGUGUUCAGAACAUGCAGCAGUCUGAUGAUCUGUCCCCUCUGGAGAUCGUUGAGAUGUUCGCUGGCCUCUCCUGCUUCCUCAAAGACUCCAGCGGCGUGUCGCAGACCCUGCUGGAUGAUUUCCGGAUGUGCCAGGGUUACGCUUUCCUCUGUGACCUCAUGCUCAGGCUGGAACAGGCGAAGGAGGAAGAAUCCAAAGAUGCACUGAAGGAUCUGGUCAACUUGGUCACCUGUCUGUGCACUUACGGGGUGACGGAGCUGAAACCUGCUGGUCUGACAACCGGAGCCCCCUUCCUGCUGCCUGGAUUUAUUCUCCCUCAGCCAUCUGGGAAAGGCCACGCGGUUCGUAACAUCCAGGCCUUUGCUGUGCUCCAGAACGCCUUCCUGCGGACUAAAACGAGCAGAUUGGCCCGCAUGCUACUGGACGCCGUCGGAAACAUCUACGCAGCAGAGCCGGCCAAUUAUUUCAUCGUGGAGUCGCAGCACACCCUGUCACAGUUUGCAGAGCGAGUGGCCAAACUGCCCGAGGCCCAGGCCAAGUACUUUGAGCUGCUGGAGUUCGUCGUGUUCAGCCUCAACUACGUUCCAUGUAAGGAGCUGUUCAGCGUCAGCGUGCUGCUCAAAUCCAGUACGUCGCUGUCCUGCAGCAUCACGGCCGUGCGAACGCUGCUGAAGCUGACCAGGCACGACCCGGUGUUCAGCGACGUGCUGCGGGAGGUCGGCCUGCUGGAGGUGCUCGUCAACCUGCUGCACAAAUACACCGCCAUGCUCAAAGACCCCGCCUCGCAGCAGCACCCACACAGUAACGACCAAGCCGACUGCAAAAACAACACCGUAGCAGAUGAACAGAAGCAGUUUGCCUGGCUGGUGAUGGAGACACUGACUGUGCUCCUGCAGGGCUCUAACACCACCAACACUAAUGCAGCUCUGUUCAGAGAGUUUGGUGGCGCUCGCUGCGUUCACAACAUCGUGAAGUACCGUCAGUGUCGGGAACACGCCCUGCUCAUCAUCCAGCAGCUCGUCCUGUCGCCCAGCGGCGACGAUGACAUGGGAACGCUGCUCGGCCUCAUGCACUCGGCACCGCCCAGCGAACUGCAACUCAAAACGGACAUUCUGAGGGCUCUGUUGGAGGUGCUGCGGGAGAGUCACCGCACCCGGACGGUGUUCCGCAAGGUGGGCGGCUUCGUCUAUGUCACCUCCCUCCUCGUGGCCAUGGAGCGCUCGCUGUGCCAGCCUCCACAACACGGCUGGGAGCGCGUCAACCAGAACCAAGUCUUUGAGCUUCUGCACACGGUUUUCUGCACGCUCACUGCCGCCAUGCGCUAUGAGCCGGCGAACUCGCACUUCUUCCGCACCGAGAUCCAGUACGAGAAGCUGGCUGAUGCUGUGAGGCUGCUGGGUUGUUUCUCUGACACGAAGAAACUGGGCCCCACAGGAGUGUUUCCGUCCAACGCUCAGCCUUUCCAGAGGCUGCUGGAGGACGAGGCUUCCUCUGGAGGCUGUGCAGGAGACAGCGUCUGUCCUACGCUCAAACACUGCAGCAAGCUCUUCAUCUACCUGUACAAGAUGGCCACCGACUCCUUUGACAGCCGUGCGGAGCAGGUGCCUCCCUGUCUGACUCAUGAAACCUCACUGCCCUCCCCCUGGGGCACGCCUGCACUCUCCAGAAAGAGUUACGGCUACUACAGUACAUCCGGGACCCCGGCUCCAAUCCGAGCCCUGACGGACCUUAAACACCACUUAGCCAACCCCUCCCAUCCAGCUUCCUUCUCAUCCUCAUCAGACAUGGUGGUCAUCCACCCUGGGGCCGUCUUAGCCAUGUUGGACCUGCUGCCCUCCGUGUGCUCUGAGAGCCAGCCAGAGCAUGCCCUCGACCUGCAGCUGGCGGUCGCCAACAUCCUGCAGCUCCUGGUGAACAGUGAGAGGAACCAGCAGGUGUUGUGUGAAGCCUGCCUCCACCAACGACUGCUGCAGCGCUGCAGUCAGGCCCUGGGAGAUGAAGACCACCCGCUGCACCCACCGCUGCAAAGGAUGUUUGAGAGGCUGGCCUCGCAGGCUCUGCAGCCGAUGGCACUCAGGGAAUUUUUACGUCUGGGAAACCCUCUGAACUGCGGCGCCUGGGACAAGAAGCUGCUGAAGCAGUACCGUGUCCACAAACCGAGCUCACUUGGUUACGACGCAGAAAUGAGAAACAGCAUGACCAUGUCCGCGGAGGGCUUCGGACCCGACAGCGUCUUCACCACGCCAGCAGAAGACAACGGUCAAUACCGCAUCAGCCGCAGCCUGGUGCGCUCCGCUGAGGACAGCACCGUGCCCCUCACCCGCGUCAAGUGCCUGGUGUCCAUGACGACGCCCCACGACAUCCGACUGCACGGCUCGGCCAUCACGCCAGCGUGCGUGGAGUUUGACACCUCACUGGAGGGUUUUGGGUGCCUGUUUCUGCCCAGCCUGGCGCCCCACAACGCUCCCUCCAAUAACACCAACGCUUCCGGGGUCAGCGACGGAGCCGUGCUGAGCGGCAUGGGAACAGGUGAGCGCUUGUUUCCUCCUCCAUCUGGUCUCAGUUACUCCACCUGGUUCUGCGUGGAGCGUUUCAGCUCAGCUGUUCAGGCUCACCCGGUGCGGCUGCUGACCAUCGUCCGGCGGGCCACCUCCUCGGAGCAGCACUACGUCUGCCUGGCCGUGGUGCUGUCGGCCAAAGAUCGCUCUCUAACCAUCUCCACCAAAGAGGAGCUGCUGCAGACCUACUCAGCGGAUGAGUCCAGCGAGGAAGCCUCCUUCUAUGAGAUCCUGCCCUGCUGUGCCCGUUUCCGCUGUGGCGAGCUGAUCGCCGAGGGCCAGUGGCACCACCUGGUGCUCGUCAUGAGCAAAGGCAUGCUGAAAAACAGCAUGGCUGCGCUCUACAUUGACGGGCAGCUCAUCAACACCGUCAAGCUUCACUACAUCCACAGCACUCCAGGUGGCUCCGGCUCCACCAACCCUCCUGUGUUGAGCACUGUUUACGGGUACGUCGGGACGCCACCUGCCCAGCGGCAGCUCUCGAGCCUGGUGUGGCGUCUGGGUCCCAGCCACUUCCUGGAGGAGGUUUUAACUGCCACCAGCGUGGCCGCCAUCUUUGAACUGGGACCCAACUACGUGGGCAGCUUUCAGGCCGUCUACCUGCCCUGUAAAGAUGCAAAGACAGAAGUUGUGCCUGCUACUCCUGUGGCGCUGGUACCAGAAGAGAAAGUGUCUUUCAGCCUCUAUGCGCUCUCUGUCUCCACUCUCACAGUCGCCAAAAUCAGGAAAGUCUACAACAAGCUGGACAGCAAAGCCAUCGCCAAACAGCUCACCGUGUCCUCUCAUGAAAAUGCCACUCCUGUCAAGUUGGUCCAUAAUGCUGCCGGGCACCUCAACGGGCCAGCGCGGACCAUCGGGGCUGCCGUCAUCGGAUAUUUAGGUGUUCGUACAUUUGUGCCCAAACCUGUUGCCACCAACCUGCAGUUCGUGGGAGGCGCUGCGGCCAUCUUGGGUCUGGUUGCCAUGGCUUCGGAUGUAGAAGGGCUGUAUGCAGCUGUCAAAGCUUUAGUGUGUGUUGUGAAAAGUAAUCCUCUGGCCAGUAAGGAGAUGGAGCGCAUCAAAGGCUACCAGCUGCUAGCUAUGCUCUUAAAGAAGAAGCGCUCGCUGCUCAACAGUCACAUCCUCCACCUCACCUUCUCUCUGGUGGGAACGGUCGACAGCGGCCACGAGACCUCCAUCAUUCCCAACUCCACGGCCUUCCAGGACCUGCUGUGUGACUUUGAGGUUUGGCUUCAUGCUCCCUACGAACUCCAUCUGUCUCUGUUUGAACAUUUUAAUGAACUGCUGACUGAAUCCAGUGAGGCGGCCAAAAAUGCCAAACUGCUGAGGGAGUUUCAGCUCAUCCCCAAGCUGCUGCUGACGCUGAGAGACACGUCGCUGUCGCAGCCCACUGUCGCUGCCAUCAGUAACGUGCUCAGUCUGCUGCUGCAAGGCUUCCCGAACCCGUACGACCUGCUGCGGUUUGGUCAGUUCAUUUCCUCCACUCUUCCCACAUUUGCCGUCUGUGAGAAGUUUGUUGUCAUGGAGAUCAACAAUGAGGAGAAGAUUGACGGAGGUAAUGAUGAUGAUUUUGGGGGCCUCCUGUCAGCCAGCUUGAUUUUACUGAGAAACCGAUUGCUGGACAACCUGCUCAAGCUGCUCUUCAUCACCAAAGAGAAAUGUGCAGUUAAUGUCCAGGCAUGCGAGGAGCUCGUACGAACGCUCGGCUUUGAUUGGCUGCUGAUGUUCAUGGAGGAACAUCUGCACUCCAGCACGGUGACGGUGGCCCUGCGGAUCCUCGUGGUGCUGCUGUCCAACCAGUCUAUCCUGAACCGCUUCAGGGAGGGCCUGUGUGGAGGAGGCUGGCUGGACCACACUGACUCUGUCCUGACCAAUAAGAUCGGCACCGUCCUGGGCUUCAAUGUGGGCCGCAGUGCUGGUGGGCGCUCAACAGUGCGAGAGAUCAACAGGGACGCCUGCCAUUUCCCAGGAUUCCCUGUUCUGCAGACUCUGCUGCCCAAACACACCAAUGUACCCGAGCUUUACUUCCUGCUCAUGGCUCUUUUCCUGCAGCAGCCCGUCACCGAGCUGCCAGACAGCCUACAGUUUGAUCUGGAUUCCAUCUGGACCUUCAUCUUUGGGAUUCCAGCCUCCAGUGGGACGGUUGUGGGCUCCAUUCACAGCGUGUGCACCGAGGCGGCCUUCCUGCUGCUGGCCAUGUUGCGCAGCAUGCUCAAUCUGCCGUGGCAGUCGGAGGAGGAAGGCUCUUGGCUCAGGGAGUACCCGGUCACCCUCAUGCAGUUCUUCAGGUAUCUGUACCACAAUGUUCCUGACCUCGGACCCAUGUGGCACAGCCCAGAGUUCCUCUGCGCCCUGGCAGCCACCGUCUUCCCCUUCAACAUCAGGCCGUACUCAGAGAUGGUGAGCGAUCUGGACGAUGAAGCGGGUUCUCCCACUGAAGAGUUCAAAGCUUUUGCCGGAGACUCUGGAAUGAACCGGAGCCAGUCGGAGUACUGUAACGUGGGGUCCAAAACCUCGUUGACCAACCACCCAGCCAAAAAAUAUGUCUUUGACUUCAUGAGGGUCCUGAUCAUGGACAACAUGUGCAUGACUCCAGCCAGCAAGCAGACGCCCAUCGUUGACAUGCUGCUGGAGGCUUCUCCAGAGCGCUCCACCAGAACCCAGCAGAAGGAGUUUCAGUCCAGCAUCCUGGAUAGCGUCAUGGAGCACCUUCUGGCUGCAGACGUCCUUCUAGGUGAAGACGCCUCUCUUCCUCUCAGCGCUGGCGGCAGCUACCAGAUUCUGGUCAACAAUGUCUUCUACUUCAGCCAGCGGGUUGUGGACAAGCUGUGGCAGGGGAUGUUUAACAAGGACUCCAAGCUGGUGGUGGACUUCAUCGUGCAGCUGAUAGGACAGUCUAAGAGGCGCUCCCAGGGUCUUUCCCUCGACACGGUCUACCACUGUCUGAACCGAACGGUGCUCUAUCAGCUCUGCCGACCCCACAAGACGGUAGCUCAGCAGGUGGCCCUGCUGGAUUCCCUGCGGGUCCUGACAGUCAACCGCAACCUGGUGCUCGGCCCGGGCAAUCACGACCAGGACUUUGUGGCCUGUUUGGCUCACUGCUUCAUCUGUCUGCACAGCGGGAGUAGUGUGGAGGGCUUCGGUCUGGAGGCGGAGGCCAGGAUGACAACCUGGCAUGUGAUGAUGUCCACGGAGAACGAAAAUGACUCCACGCACAGCCACGAUGUUAGCGAGGGACGGCAGCUGCUGCUGAAGGCUGUGAACCGCGUGUGGACGGAACUGAUGCACAGCAAGCGUCAGAUGCUGGAGGACAUCUUCAAAGUGUCUCUGCCCUGCAAUGACAGGGGACACGUGGACAUCGCCACGGCUCGGCCCGCUCUGGAGGAGCCCGCUCUGAAAAGCUGGCAGAACCAUCUGGCUCACGAGAAAAAGUGCAUCAGUCGUGGCGAAGCUCCGGCACCGACCGCCCAGUCCAAGCUGUCCAGGGUCAGCAGCGGCUUCGGCCUCUCCAAGCUGACGGGUGUUCGUCGCAACAAGAAGGAGAACAACCUGAACAAGAACAGUCCGACCGCGCAGGAAACAUUUCAGUGGAUGUUCACACACAUUGCGGUGGUUCGAGACCUGGUGGCCAUGCAGUAUAAGGAAUAUCAAGAGCGACAGCAGAACGUCCUGAAGUACGUGACCGAAGAGUGGGCGGCCAUCGAAUACGAGCUGCUGCGCGAGCGGGGCCUCUGGGGCCCGCCCAUCGGUUCCCACCUGGACAAGUUUACCCUGGAGAUGACGGAGGGGCCCUGCCGGAUGAGGAAGAAGAUGGUCCGCAACGACAUGUUCUACAUCCACUACCCGUACAUCCCUGAGGCCGAGACGAACACCAACCCAGCACAGCCCUCCUCCUCCCCUAUGAUGUCCCUACUCCCUUCAGCUCAUGUUUGGGUCUUUGACCCUUCCCAGAAGCCCCUGCGUUACCGCCGCGCCAUCAGCUACGACAGUAAGGAAUACUACAUGCGUUUGUUGUCGGGGAACCCGGGCAUGUACCAGCACUCAGUGGAGCACAACACGGAGGGAGAGACCACGCAACACGAGCCGGAGCACGGAGAGGACACCAUCGCAAGGGUCAAAGGCCUUGUGAAAGCUCCUCUGAAGAGGUCUCGGUCCACAGUGGACGGUGCAGAUGAGGACAGUCAGGAGCAGCUUCAGGAGCAGCUGCUGGAGUCAGGAGGCCCUGAGGAGGAGCAGAAAACUGACAACACGUCACUGCUGCGCCUCCUGGAGGAGGGGGAGAAGAUUCAGCACAUGUACCGCUGUGCACGGGUUCAGGGUCUGGACACCAGCGAGGGUCUGCUGCUGUUUGGCAAAGAGCACUUCUAUGUCAUCGACGGCUACACCAUGACCGUGUCCAGGGAGAUCAGGGACAUUGACACGCUGCCGCCCAAUUUGCAUGAAGCCAUCAUCCCCAGAGGAGCACGACAAGGCCAGAGCCAGCUGAAGAGAACCUGCAGCAUCUUCGCCUAUGAAGACAUUAAGGAGGUUCAUAAGAGGCGCUACCUGCUGCAGCCGAUGGCGGUGGAAGUUUUCUCUGCAGAUGGAAGGAACUACCUGUUAGCCUUUCAGAAGGGAGUUCGCAAUAAAGUUUACCAAAGGUUCUUGGCGGUGGUCCCCUCGCUGGCUGACAGCUCGGAGUCAGUUUCUGGUCAGAGGCCCAACACCAGCGUGGAACAAGGAUCUGGCCUCCUCAGCACUCUCGUUGGUGAGAAGUCCGUAACUCAGAGAUGGGAGAGAGGAGAGAUCAGCAACUUCCAGUACCUGAUGCAUCUGAACACGCUGGCCGGGCGCUCCUACAACGAUCUGAUGCAGUACCCCGUCUUCCCCUGGAUUCUGGCCGACUACGACGUAGAGGAAUUGGACCUGAACAACCCUAAGACGUUCCGUAACCUCGCCAAGCCGAUGGGCGCUCAGACGGACGACCGGCUGACUCAGUACAAGAAAAGGUACAAGGACUGGGAAGACCCCAACGGUGAAACCCCUGCGUAUCACUACGGGACCCACUACUCCUCAGCCAUGAUUGUAGCCUCGUAUUUGGUCCGGAUGGAGCCCUUCACACAUAUUUUCCUCCGACUUCAGGGCGGUCAUUUCGACCUGGCCGACAGGAUGUUCCACAGCGUGCGUGAAGCUUGGCUCUCCGCCUCCAAACACAACAUGGCUGACGUCAAAGAGCUGAUCCCGGAGUUCUUCUAUCUGCCCGAGUUCCUGCUGAACUCCAACAACUUCGACCUGGGCGCCAAGCAGAACGGCAUCAAGCUGGGCGACGUGAUCCUCCCACCCUGGGCCAAGGGUGACCCCCGAGAGUUCAUCAGAGUCCACAGAGACGCGCUGGAGUGCGACUACGUGUCCGCCCACCUCCACGAGUGGAUCGACCUGAUCUUCGGCUACAAGCAACAGGGCCCCCCAGCUGUGGAGGCAGUGAAUGUCUUCCACCACCUGUUCUACGAGGGCCAGGUGGACAUCUAUAACAUCAACGACCCGCUCAAAGAGACGGCCACCAUCGGCUUCAUCAACAACUUCGGUCAAAUCCCCAAACAGCUGUUUAAGAAGCCCCACCCUCCUAAACGUGUUCGCAGCAAAACUAACGGAGACUUGGCGAGUGUUCCUCCGAGCUCCAACAGCGACAAGAUCUUCUUCCAUCAUCUGGACAAUCUAAGACCUUCUCUAGCACCCGUUAAAGAGCUGAAGGAGCCCGUUGGACAGAUCGUGUGCACCGACAAGGGCAUCCUUGCUGUGGAGCAAAACAAAGUCCUGGUUCCACCCAGCUGGAGCAAAACAUUUGCUUGGGGCUACGCCGACCUCAGCUGCCGUUUGGCCAACUAUGAAUCUGACAAGGCCUUGGUGGUGUACGAGUGUCUGUCAGAGUGGGGUCAGAUCCUCUGCGCCAUAUGUCCAAACCCCAAGCUCGUCAUCACCGGUGGCACCAGCACCGCCAUCUGUGUGUGGGAGACGGGAACCUCCAAGGAGAGAGCCAAGUCACUCACGCUCAAACAGGCGCUGCUGGGCCACACGGACGCUGUAACGUGUCUGACGGCGUCCUCGACGUAUCGUAUCGUCGUCAGCGGCUCGCGGGAUCGGACGUGCAUCAUCUGGGACCUCAACAAGCUCUCCUUCGUGACGCAGCUCAGGGGCCACCGAGCGCCCGUGUCUGCUCUGUGCAUCAACGAGCUGACGGGUGACAUCGUGUCCUGCGCCGGCACCUACAUUCACAUGUGGAGCAUCAACGGCAGCCCCAUCGCCAGCGCCAACACCUUCACGGGCCGCAGCCAGCAGAUCCUGUGCUGCUGCGUGUCCGAGAUGAACGAGUGGGACACGCAGAACGUCGUCGUCACCGGACACUCGGACGGCGUCGUCAGGUUCUGGAGAAUGGAGUUCCUACAAGUCCCAGAAACCCCUGCUCCAGAGCCCGUGGAGCCCGAUGUGCCCGACUGCUGCGGGGAGGAAAAGAUCGAGGGCGGUGGGAGUAACAACGGGGACGAGGACAGCAGCGAGUCCGACGGAGACGAGCCCAGUCUGAGUCAGGAGCCCAGAACGCCACGCAACGCUUCGACCAGCGGGGGCAGCCAGCCGGGCAGCACCGUCCACAGACCCAGAGGUCCGUCGUCUCGAGCCGGGGCGUCCUGGUCCAUGGACAGCGGCUCUGACGACUCUCACCGCUGGUCCGACACCCUCAGCAUCGACGAGAAGGACGGCUUUGUGUUUGUCAACUACUCUGAGGGCCAAACUAAAGGUGCCCCCCCUCAUCCAGCUCAUCUGGGCCAGAGCUCCGCCCACCAGCCUCUCCACCCCCCCACCACGGAGCAACGGCUGUACAACCAGCUCAAAGCAGGACACAGGUGGGAACGCCAGCUGGUCUUCCGGAGCAAACUCACCAUGCACACGGCGUUUGAUCGCAAGGACAACGCCCACCCCGCUGAGGUCACCUCCCUCUCUAUCUCCAAGGACCACGGUAAGAUCCUGGUGGGCGACGGGCGCGGCCGGGUGUUCAGCUGGUCGGUGAGCGACCAGCCGGGCCGCUCGGCGGCCGACCACUGGGUGAAGGACGAGGGGGGGGACAGCUGCUCCGGCUGCGGCGUUCGCUUCUCCCUGACGGAGCGACGCCACCACUGCAGGAACUGCGGGCAGCUCUUCUGUCAGAGGUGCAGUCGCUUCCAGUCGGAGAUCAAACGGCUGAUGAUCUCGUCUCCGGUCCGGGUCUGUCAGAACUGUUACUACAACCUUCAGCACGAGCGAAGCGUCGACGACGGCUGCAGGAACUAAGCUCCGCCUCCGUCCGCCGCUCAGAGACACGAGGAGCGUUUCAUUCCUCCCACCUGACCCUAAACUCCCCCCGUUUCCUCCCCGUUACCACGUGUACACAAACCGAUCACGGAUCAGAAAGAAGCAGUCAUGUAGUGGCUGAAGGAGCUCCUCUGUCCUGAGAACUUGUUCAUAGUGUAAAUAUCUUCUCAGACUUUUUAAUCUGCAAACAGAACAA